AUAUUCAUUUGUUACAUAUUAAUACUGUAUAAAAAUAUUCAGUGGUUAUAGUUUUUGAUCCAAAGUUUUCCAAAACCAGUUUUGAUAUUUAUACAAGACUGCAAUUCAGGUGGAAGUACCUUCCAAAGGUAGUACAACAAAAAUCACACUGAACAACGUCAGGUCAUUGUUGACUACGGGCAGAUAAACUCAAACAAUAGAACCUUUCACAUUAGCAAGAUCACACAUUUACGUAUGAGGAAACUAAGCAAAUGAAGCACGCCAGUCUUCCUGUUGCAGUGAGUGAGCAUGUUAUGAAAGUGGAAAGUUAGCUUUAUUGGACGCAUGCAGUGCACUGCAGUGCAUUUGUGCCGAGAGGGAGAUGCUCACAAUGGAGCAAAUAGAGGCAGCCUUGUACCAGAAGAUGAAGAUAUCUGAGAAAUUAAAUGAGAAACAGAUGGAAGGAGAGGGGGGAGAUCUCAACAUGGACAGAGGACUACAGAGGGAGCACAUCCUCAAGUGGUUUGUGGAGACUCAGGCUGUGCUCAUCCUGUGUGAUGGAAGGUUUCCACCCUGGUUCCAGGGCUUCAUCUCUAGACAUGAAGCAGAAGAUCAGCUCAAAGACAAGAAUGUUGGUUGCUUCGUUAUCAGACUCAGUGAAAAAUCCACUGGAUAUAUUCUUUCAUACAAAGGACAGGAUCGUUGUCGGCAUUUUGUCAUAAAUCAAACCAAUUCUGGCCUGCUCAUCGUUUCUGGUGAUUCCACCACGCAUAAUAGUCUCACAGAGCUGAUCAAUCACUUUAAAACCACACCGAUCCAGCCUUUUGGAGAGUACCUGACUUCAUACGACACAGACAUGGACUCGGUGGAAGAGGAUGACAAAAAUGAGCUUUAUGAUGUGGUUCAAAAUAAGCCCAGGGUUAAUGCGGGUGUUAGCGUUAAAGCUCUGAGAACUUUAUGGGAACAAACUAGCAACAUCCCGCACGGCACGCCUCCUGUUCUAUAUUCUAAAAGUGGCCGGAAACUCGCGAUCUCCACCUCUAUUGACAGGAACAUCCUCUCCCAGGGUAUGAAAGUUCCACCAGUGCCAAAGAAGAAUGUACCACUUCGGAAUUCCUUAAGCGCUGGUUUCCCCGGUACAAAUCCAUCGCAAGAACAACACAGCUUUUCAGAAUCAAGAACAUCUGGAAGGACAGGUGGUGAUGAGGGAAGUGAUACCUUGGACACAGAGGGCUACAAUUCCCAAUUAAAGUUGCCUCUCCACAAUGAAAACAAUCAGUCUUCUUGUAACAUUAUGCCCUCUAUGCCGCAACAACCUCUUUUAGCUCCACCCAAUACAGCCUCCUGCUCUUAUGCUGUCCUUGAUCUUAAAAAACGACAUAGCGAGGCUGGCCGAGUACCAUAUGCUGACCAAGAAGCCCUACAGCCCAAUCCACUCUACACAACCUCAUCUGUGGUGUGUGCUGGGCAGAAGGACCAGCUGGUGCAAGAGUAUGACAACCGUAUACAGCCUAUCGACAGCAUCCAUUUAGCAGAAAACACCUAUCAAGACAUACCUGAACAACGUGAUAUUAAUACGUAUGAACACAUAGCAGAGAGCAACACCUACGAGGAUAUCCGAAUGACAGACAGCAACACGUACGCAAGUCUGGAUGAGAUGCAGUCACAAACCCCGAGCAACUUGGGAAAGAAGAAUCAUAAGUGGUGGAAACUUCGACUGGAGAAUAAGAAGUAAAAGUCAUCAGGUGAACGCAAAAGCUGAGAAAAAUGUUUCAUUUAACGUUUUAUUGUUUUGCUACACAUUUAACUUCAUAGAUACAAAGUCAUAAUUUUCAUGUUCAAGAUGUAACUUCAGUACAGUAUGGUUCUACAGUUACAAAAUUCUGAAAACUGUUUAUGCAAAUACGUUGUUACAAUGAGAUGUAUAAAUGUAUCUGAACACCUGCUGUGAGUAUAUCUAUUGUUCACACUGUUUUCCUAGGACUUUAUCUUUCAAUGUAAUGUAGACCUGUGUAAUGUAGCAUAGUGCUCACAGCCUGUCAUGUUUAAACCUAGAGUUUCUGUAACCCUAAUCCAGCAAUCCACAAUGUUUGUAUGAUACAGUAGUUGUUCUCUACACAUCUGAACCUAUAACAUUGCACAGCAUAACUCAAUAAAGCAUG